CAUGCGCAGCCUAACUUUUUCCGCCGCCUAACUGAACUUCCUCAUUGGCAGUGGCAGCACAGUCCAGCGAGGUUUUCUGCCCGAAAUAACACGCGCCGCGCUUCGUCGUGUUUCAUCUCCGAGCCCCGCAAAUGUCGAAGCCUCCCCCCAAGCCGGCCAAGCCAGGCCAAGUCAAGGUGUUCAGAGCAUUGUUCACCUUUGACCCCAGAACGCCAGAUGAGCUGUACUUUGAAGAAGGAGAUAUCUUGUACAUCUCUGACACAACCGACACUAAUUGGUGGAAGGGUACAUGCAGAGGAAGGACAGGACUAAUUCCAAGUAACUAUGUGGCUGAACAGGCAGAGUCUAUUGACAAUCCAAUGCAUGAAGCAGCUAAACGAGGGAAUUUGAGCUGGCUGAGGGAAUGUGUGGAGAAUAAAGUUGGAAUUAACGGGCUGGAUAAAGCAGGAAACACUGCCCUCUACUGGGGAUGCCAUGGAGGACAUAAAGAUGUGGUGGAGCUGUUGCUAGGCCAGCCCAAUGUGGAGCUCAACCAGCAGAAUAAACUUGGCGACACCGCUCUGCAUGCUGCUGCCUGGAAGGGUUAUUCUGACAUUGUGGAAAUGUUGCUGAACAAGAAUGCAAGGACAGACAUCAGGAACAAUGAGAAUAAGCUGGCUCUAGAGAUGGCGACCAACGCCCAGUGUGCUUCACUUCUCAAAAGGAAGCAGGGAAGCAAUGUCCACCGCACACACAGCAAUGCUGAAGAGUAUUUGGACGAUGAGGACUCGGACUAAGCUGGCCCUGUUGAAACAUUGUCACUGUCUUCCAUUGGGUUUUUUUGGGAGGGGGGGGGGGUCGUGGAGCAUGGAGAGUUUCAUUAAAGACCUACAAUGGAUUUGCUGCU